AUGCGCCUGCUCAUGUUGCUGGACAACGCAUAUCUGCUCUUCAGCACUACUUUCAACACCUUGUGUGUUGGUGCCGCUCUCGUCUGGCUCACGUAUCGUGCCUAUCUCGUUAUACAUAAACCGCUAGAUGAACUCGUUGGCCUUCUAGGUUGCGAGAUCCCUCAAGACCCUCAUGUCGACCUCGCUGGAAUCAAGGCCGAUGGCUUCGUUCUGCAUUGGAAGCCUGCCGACGAACGCAAAUCCAUGCAUCGCUAUGAGAUUCAACUAAACGGCUCCAUCGUCGGCCAGGUUUCGCAUUCCAACACGUCAAUCGUCAUCUCCAACCUGCGACCAAACCAACUGUACAUUGUUCGCGUCAUCACUGUCAACGCUGUCGACUUCCGCGCUGCCAGCAGCCCCAUCCGUCUCUGCACGAAACCCGCCGAUUCCCAAGACUUCUUUGAUACGCCAUCGUCUACUGAUGCCUCCGUCUCUGGUCCCGUCAUACGUCCGCUGCACGUCUUUCCGCCAGAUACCUCGGCCGUUCCUGCGACUCCACCCCCUCUUGUUCGCGAAACAAGCAAUGGCCCGUUGCAGCCUAAGAAAAGUCUUUUCGGCAGACGCCCAUCGCCCUUGCCUGGUCUGGACACUCAACUCUCUUCAUUCGACGAAGGUAACGAUGAGGACGGCCCAGGAGACAAUCAGCAAGCCUUGACGGAGAAGUUGGAUGAAAUAGGUCGCGAAACCGCAGAUGUCGACAAGCAGAUUCAAGAGGAGGAGCAAGAAGCCGUUGGUGCCAAAGCCAGUCUGGUCAAGGAACGCGAUGAAUUAAGGGGCGAACUGAAAGAGAAGGAUGACACCAGUAGGGAUCUCCGCAAGCAAGUCAACGCUUUGGAACGCAACAAUCAAGCGGCACAAAACAAGAAAAAUGCACAAGAAAAGGCGCUCCAGCAAAAACAGAACGAAAGACAGAAGUUGAAGGACGAUGCUGCGAGAUGGCAGAAAGAGAUGGCACAGAUGCAGGAUGACAUGGGCAGUAUUGCAGAGCAAAAGAAGGCUUUGCUCGAAGAUACGGAGCGUGAAAAGGUCGAGCUGAUGGAAAAACAUGCACUGGAGUUGCAGACGCUCAAGAGCAUGGAAGAUGAGAACAAGGAAGUCGGCAGCCAGAUCAAGAAACUCGAAAGAGACAGCACCAAUUCUCCCAGCGGAUCUGAACCCAACGAGCAUAACGACGCCCUGGCUGCUCAAGAGGCCGAGGAGGAUCGGUUGUGGGCCGAGAAGCUGCGAAGGCUGGAGGAACAGUAUAUCAUCGCUCAUCAGAACAUGGACGCUGCCCGUCGUUUUGUGGACAAUGCUUACCAGCAACUAAACGCCGUCAAGCAACGCCAGUCCGAAAUGGCUCACAUGGCUUCUGCCGUUCCGCCCAUGUUCGAUCAACCCAUCUCACGCGCCAGCAGUCUGCGACAGAGAAGACCUCCUAGCGGUCCUUCUGCAAACAAUUCGAACGCAUCGCCCUUCGCUUCUUCUACUGCUCCUGCUUUCAGCAGUGCUCUUGCCACUUCGGGUCCAACUACCAUUUCGCCAGGCUUUACCACCUCUGCAACUUCAUUCUUCAACAUCAACAAUGGCAUGACUUUGGAUCGUCCUAUGAACGACUCAUCGUUCUCUCCGGCAGAAGUCGAGAAGCUUACCGGAGGUGCUCCAAUGAGUCCGAGUGCCGGCGCAGAGCUCUUGCCUGCAGGCUUGCUCAGUAAUUCUGAUGAAGACCCGCAUGAACGCUUCCUCGGUCCAGCCGCCCACAUUCAUACAAAGGAUGACGAUGAUGCUGAUUCUGAUGGUCGCCAGCCAUCAAACCAGAUGUUACCAGGCCUCGGUGUGCUCCCAGGUUUGGGCGCGUUGCCGGGCUUAGGUGCUCCAAGACCUUUUGAUCAGCCGCAGGGCCCCACAAGUCCCGGUUCUGCCAGCAGUAGAUCUCCUAGCUUGUUUGCCAGUCCGCGUGCCAGUGCAAGCAAUCUGAUAUACCAAUCUCCUGGUGAUACCAUGGAUAGCGAUCGUCGCUCCAUUAGAUCGAACAGGUCUGCUCGUGCAGCAAGCGGCAGUGCUCCUCACACCAGUGGUAGUCGCUUCGGUCAAAUCCUUGGUCUUGACAAGCUUAAUCGUCAACGGGGCAAGACACUCUCGGAUGAUGGUCCAGCACUGGGCUCUUUAAGCAAGUCCCAAAGCCAGUCCUUACCACGCAAUGAUGAAGGCGAUGCAUCUGGUGCGUCAGGUCGCCGUAGGAACAGCAGCCACUCGGGUAACUUCUUUGGGCUCAAUCUGGGUAGGACGACUGGCCAUACCAAAAGCAUGGGAGCUGAGAGCCUGCCUACUCAGAAACACAUUGCUGUGCGUAGGAGACCUUUCAACAUGUUCAGCACCAAGACCGACGGCUGGGCUGCUAUUCUUGGUCAAGACAGAGCUGCUGCAUUGAACGAGAGAUCCAACGGUUUGAGUAAUCUGGGCCUAGAUGACGGUCGAUCAUCUCCGCGUCCCAUCUCUGUGCACUCCAAUGAACUGCCUCGUCCAUCCCAGGAUAGUUCCUCUUGGGGGCUCUGGUCUUCCAAUGAACCAUUCAACCAAAGGAGUAGUCCACUCAGCUCGGAUUGGAUGGCUGCCCCGGCAGUGACACAUAACAUGUGGGGAUCUAGACAGCCCUCCAGACGUCCUUCAAUUCAGCAUGGGCAAUCCGGUGGCAGUAUGUCUUAUGACAUUCUCGAAGAUGGCAUGGAUAACAAUAGCUCCUACGCUUUCAGUCCGCCGCAAUCAACAGCCAGUCUAGCACCUAUAGGUACCAAGCCUGCCCACAUGCUGAAGCGUAACAUUCCGGACCCAAAGCUCAACCCAGCAGCCAAAGACUUCCGCUCACUCUUUUCACGACCCAGCUCUACUUCAUCGGAUGCAGAGGACGAGGAAGACGACAAGAUCAAUCUCAUCGGCGCGACGCCAAUUACCUCUCCAUUCAAGGCACCUCACCAGGCUCUCCCUCUGAAUCUCGAUCCAGAGUCAUCGCCAGAGAUUGGUCGACAAUCUAGAGAUGCGCACUCCAUCAACACCGAAUCGUCCAUCAUGUCAGACUCUCGCGACAGUCUCGACCGCAGCAUCAGCUAUACGGCAUCAGACUCUGCCCCUUCAACAUCCAUAACCUCCACCAAAGGUUUCAUGUCCAAGCUCACCCGUAAGCACAGCAGCGGCAAAUUCCAAUUCCCAACCUUCUCUCGCUCAACGACCGAAAGGUCGAAGCGCGAAUCUCAACUCUUGGACGUUGAGGACGAGGAGAAUAUGAGCAAGAGCAUGGAAAGUGUUGAUGCCAAAGACAAGGGAAAGGGCAGUGUUAGAAGCUGGAGUAGUGUUUUCGGCGUCGGAAAGAAGAAGGAUAAGGUGCCUCAGACACCCAAGGAGGAAACGCCUAGUCUUUCAGGAGCUAGUUAUGCCAGCACUGAUCAUGGAGAAGAGGAUUAA